AAAAAGGAAAAAAUUAGAGCAGAGAUAUUUAAGGAAGAACACUGCGAAUAUUACAAUAAAAUUGUAAAAUCAAAUAAGGAAAGUUAUUAGGAAUCGGAAUUUAGUAUUAUUUACAUGUAAACCAACUCUUCCGAAAUUUCCAUGUUCUUGAAAUUGUUGGAUUUCUUCUACAAGUUCCUCCACCAGAUUUAAACUAUGACAAAAUCCUGUGUUGUUUCACAAGUGCAAAUCUCUGGCAACCUGCACGAAUUCUUGAAAACAAAGAGAAGAAUUCUGAAGAUUGCAAAGAAAUCGGCACCAAGAAACAAUUGGAAUGACACCAUCAAACAUAAUUAUGAAAAAUUUGGCGAAGACUUCACAAUCGAAGAAUUCCAUGGCUCAAUUUGGACUGGUUCUCUUCUCUUUCGUAAAACAGAAUCUACCCUAGUUUUCUUGGCCAAGAAGAACAGAGCACCCAUCAACAACUCAAAUUCAAAUCUCCCUGAAGAAUUUCUUGUCAAAUCUUCUUUAAUGGAGUCCUCUUCUUCGUUACGUCAUGAGAAGGAAGUGCUAUCCAAUCUCGGACCAUUCACUAAUCUAGUGGAUUGUUAUGGAGAUGAAAUUACAGUAACCAAAUCCGGAGAAGAAGUUUAUAAUGUCUUUUUCGAGUAUUGUUCAGGGUCGAGCUUGCGUAAUCACAUUCUUAAAUUUGGACCUAAUGGGUUGCAAGAUGAUGAAGUUCGUAGAUAUACUAGAGAUAUCGUACGUGGACUUUAUUACAUGCAUUGUAAUGGUCGAUACAUUCAUGGUGACAUAAAAUCAAGAAAUAUUUUGCUGUCACAUGGCAUGGCUAAGUUGGCUAGUUUUGGAUUGGCGAGGAAGCUCACUGCUGAAGUAAUAUGUGAGGAGGAAAUUAGUGGGUCGGGACCGUACGCAUCUCCGGAGUUGGCUAGAGAAGGUUAUUUGGGGUGGCCUGCUGAUAUUUGGGCACUUGGAUGCGUGGUGUUGGAGAUGUUUACGGGAAAAUCUGCAUGGAGCUUUGAAGAUGCAUAUAGAUAUCUGAUGGAUUCUAACAAUGAGAAGAUACCAGAAAUUCCUAAGAACAUAUCAAGGGAAGGAAGAGAUUUUAUUAAGAAGUGUUUGAUUAGAAGUCCUUAUAAAAGAAGACCAAUUUGGUUGUUGAUCAAACAUCCUUUUGUUUGCCAAUGA